UGUUCCUACUAAUAGGAACAAGCUUUGUAAUAGCAAGUUCUUAUCUAGUCACUACAGUGAAAGGAUAAAGGAACAACCUGACAUUAGAAUCUUUGAGUUUCAAGGGCUUAUUAAAAAAGAAUUGGAUUUAUAUGUUGGAAGAACAGUGUGUAGGAGAGCAAGAAACAAAGUAUUACAGGAGUUAAUGGGUGACUAUGUUCUUGAGUUUGGGAGGAUUUUGGACUACAAAGAUGAGUUGCUAAGAACUAAUCCAGGUAGUACAUGUGUAGUCAAGCUUCAUGAAGAAACAUUUGAAAAAGGUAGAAAAAUGUUUCAAGGCUUCUACAUAUGUUUUGAUGCAAUGAAGAAGUCCUUCUUGGCUGGUUGUAGGAGGUGCAUUGGUUUGGAUGGUUGUUUUCUAAAGGGAGUAUCUAAAGGUCAAUUAUUGGUUGCUGUUUGUAAAGAUGGGAACAAUCAAAUGCUACCACUGGCUUGGGCAGUAGUUGAAGUUGAAAAUAAGUUUACUUGGGCUUGGUUUGUCAAACUUCUAAAGGAAGAUCUUCAGUUGGGAGAUGGUACAGACCUCACAAUCAUAUCAGAUAUGCAAAAGGGUCUUGAAAUUGCCAUAACUGAUCAUUUGCCAAAUGUUGAGCAUAGAAUGUGUGCUAGAUACAUCCUUGUUAACUGGUCAAAGAGAUGGAGAGGUCUUAAGAGAAAGAAAUGUUUCUGGAGGUGUGCAAGGUCUACUUUUGAGGCUGAGUUAAAAGAUAACAUUAGUUAUAUGAAAAGGUUGGGCAAUAAUAUAGUUGAUCACUUGUUGUAUUAUAAUCUUGAAAGAUGAAGCAAGCUUUACUUCAAUUUUACCUCAAAAUGUGAUGUUGUAGACAAUAACAUGGUUGAAUGUUUCAAUUCAUGGAUAUUAGCAGCAAGGCAUAAGACUAUAAUUACAAUGCUUGAAGAAAUUAGGGUGAAAAUGAUGAAAAGAAUAUGGCAAAUGAGAGAGUUUUGCAAUACUUGGAUCUGUGACAUUUCUCCAAUGGCAAUGAAGGUUCUACAAGAUAACACAACUAAGUCUAUGAAAUGCAGCAUUGAAUGGAAUUCAGAUACAAGGUAUGAGGUACUUCAUGGACCAUACAGACAUGUAGUAGAUAUUCAAAGGCAAAUAUGUAGUUGUAGAGCAUGGAUGUUGAAAGGCAUACCAUGUCCUUAUGCAAUAGCUGCUCUUCACCAUAGGAAAUUGGACCCAAUCAACUACAUUUCUCAUUGGUAUAACAGAGAAACAUACAGGAAGACAUACAACUACUUCAUUCAGCCAGUUAUGAAUCUGAAAAUGUGGUCAGAAUCACAAAACAUCUAUGUGAUACCACCUCCUAUUCGAAAGAUGCCAGGAAGGCCUGGCAAGAAAAGGAAGAAAGA